UGUCCCAUCUGCGGUCGGCACCGUCUCCCCAUGGACUACGGAGUGGAGCUGGACGUGCUCAUCUACCCCGACGAGGUGCGGGCGGCCACCCCCGAGGACCUCCGCCAGUGGGAGCUGGAGACGGCCAGCCAGAGGUCGGCGCCGCCCGCCGAGCCCCGACUCUUUGUGGCGCUCUACCCGUACAACCCCGCCGCCAUGUCGCCCAACCCGGACACGGCGGCCGAGGAGCUGCCCUUUGUGCCUGGCCAGAUCAUCAAGGUGUUUGGAGACAAGGACUCGGACGGCUUCUAUCGCGGCGAAUCGGGCGGCCUAUGGGGUUACGUCGCCGGCAACCUGGUGGCCGAAGUCCCCGUGGAUGACCGCUACCUCAAACAUUUGCUCAUGCGCCAGGGCUUCAUGCCUGUGGACCAAACAGGAAUGUCUUUGAGUCCCGACCUGACGGACGCUUCGGCUGUGGCAGAAGAUGCGCUGGUACGUCGCAUGGUGGCCCUUUUCGACUACGACCCGUGGGAAAGUUCGCCCAACGCCGACAGCGAAGCCGAACUGGGCUUCCGUUCGGGCGAUAUCAUCUACGUGCUGGGCGACAUGGAUCCCGACGGCUUCUACUACGGCGACCUGCAAGGACGGCGAGGUUUGGUGCCGUCCAACUUUCUGCAGCCGCUGCCGUGGGAUUAGAAUCCUAAGCGUCCUAAUUCGGUUUGUACUCGUCAAUGCAAUUAUCAUGUACGGCUCUGCGGAGAUUUGAUUGAUUUGAUACGUUUGAGUAAAAGGACGAAAAAUGUCCAGGAUUUGUUUCAUCUCUUGAUGAAGACAGGUAAAUGCGUUUUGCUCCACGGUUGUGGAUUUGAAUCUUUUUUCAAAUGUUGCCAAACAUGUUGUGCUUUUACAAAUAAAGACCAUACAUUUUAUGCACA